AUCAUUAUUUUAGUAGGGAGUCACCAUUGAGACGAGGUUCUCUUUCACAAGGGAGCCCUCUAUAUAUAAUUUCAUGAAUCAAAAAAAUGUAAUACUAUAUGAAACAAGUAAAAUACAGCACUACACAAAUAUUCAAGGAAAACUAUUACAUUCCUCAAUAAGCAGGUCCCCAAUCAAUAUUUUAAAUUGCCAGAGUGGCACCAGAACAUGCAAUUGUAAUGUAUUUUAUAGUUGGUUCCAGCAAUGCGGUGCUUUAAAACUAAAAGCAGAUGUACCUAGUUCGGUGGAGACCUGAGGAACCUUAAGAUUCAACCAACCUCGUGGAUGGGAUUUUAUAUUUGAACAGUGAAGUUAGAUAAGUCGGAAGCUUGUGUAGUAGUACUUUGUAAACAAAAAGGUAAUAAUUAACUGAUCUACGGGACAUUAAUGAGAACCAGCCAACCUUUUGAUACAGCAUUCAGUGGUGAGUAUUGAAACUGUCACCUGUGAAGGGCGCUAUGGGAGACAUGGCAUCCAAAGGAUUAACAGUAAUGGCUGCUGCAGUCUGGUAAAUGGUGUCACCGUAAUCAAGAACUGGCACGAAAGUUGAAUGUACAAUCUGCUUCUUGCUAUUUCGGGAGAGGCAAGAUAUAUUUCUAUAAAGAAGCCCACAUUAAAUCGUGGAUUUUUAACUAGCUCAUCCAUAUCUUUUUUUAAACAUUAAAUCUUGUCAAUCCAAAUGCCCAGGUAUUUAUUGCCGGGAACCAGAUUGAAGGGAGAACCAGCCAAUGAAUAAAUAGGUAGUCAAAUGUUUUUUGUUUGCGAGGAUUAGAGAACAACAUACAACAGUCUUGCCCGCAUGAAGUACACAUUUUAAACCAAACAGGCUAUUUUGUAAGGCAACAAAGUCAAAUUGCAGCUCUAAUAUAGCCUUGUCAACAGUUGGGACAAUGGCAUACAUAAGUGUAUCUGAAUACAGAUGAAUAUUACAAGUUUUAACAGUUUAAUAUUAUUUAUAUGAAUGGGAAAGAGAACAGGUCCCAAUACUGAUCUCUGCGGUACACCUUUUGUAAUAUCCAGAAAACUAGACAAUCAGAAAUCACGCAUUGUGACCUAUUUGACAGAUAUUUGUCAAUAAAAGUCAGAGGUAUUCUACUCAAACUGUAAAGACUUUUAUCAGUAAAAUUAUUAACCUGACAAUGUAAGGGGUUAUUAAUUGUUACAAUGCACAGGCCAUGUUAUGUUAUGAUGAUGGUUCAAGAUAAUCUGAUAAUUGUUAUGAACAUGUUUUGAAGUAUGAAAUGAUCAUGCUUAUGAAUAUGUAAAACUACAUAAUGAUGGAACAUUAAAGUGCAGAAACAUUAAUGGUGCUUUCAAGACAACUGGGAACUUGGGGGAAAAAACUGGGUCAAAUCACAAUGUCAGUAAUCUUCCGGUUGGAAAGUCUGAGCUGUAGAAAGAUGCCAGAGUUUCUGAGUUAGAAUUCCAAGUUGGAUGCACUUUUUAAAUUGUGAAAGAGCAAAACAUUUGGCACAUAUGAAUUCAGGGCAACCUGCAGUGUUGUUGAUGCACAUUUGACAGAGAAGAACAGUGUUCGUUUUCAUGUGAGAGAAGCUGAAUUUAUAUGUCGUGUAUGUUGAUCCAAACACCGUUAAAAGAAAAAACGCCAGUGCUGUCAUGUUUGGGAAUUACUCUGCAGUAAUAUGAUCAGUCCAAAACAUUGCACAGCCCACAGACUUAAGUGCCUGCCUCAGAUAAGAUGUUUGCAUGUCUACAGCUGGAGGGAACCCUCGGUGAGUGACGUCGGCACCUGUUUAGCUUUCGCAUAGAAGUGCCCCCUCCCCCUUCAGUAUCGAACAUGUCCCUAACAAAAUGCAUCACCUCUGUGGGGAGAUUAAACUCGCUAAAUCUCGUUGCAAAGAUGUUUGGGAAAAUACAACAUGUCUGUAACACUUUACUUGACACCCAGCGUCCUUACACGUUAUGAAACGGUCAUAACCAUGUCAUAACAGCUGACAUAACCUGGCAUAAUUACACCUGUUGUGACAUAUUAGAUUAUUUUAUGGCUGGUUAUGACACCUACAUAAAUGUCAAAACCCACAACCUACCACACAAAGCAAAACAUUUCAUUACACCAUAGCCUACUUGUCAGUAGUAUGUUUAUGUUACCAAACAUUUUCUGGAAUUUACCAGAAUUUAAUAUCAUUGUAAUUGUGCACACAUUGAUGUCAGACAUGCAACUACCCAAAUGCUUUGUUUCUGAUGACUGGGAUGCAUGCAGGAGCAGAUUUAAGAAACAGGACAAGACACCCUCUAUUUGACUGAUGACUGACAUAAGGGAAAGUACGUGAUAGACAUAUCUGGCUUAUAUGAUUAUGAUGGUCAUAAUGAUCAUAAUUCUUUAUGACAAAUUAUUUAAAAUAUGACGGAGAAAAAAAUGACUAAAGAAUUUGUUACAACAACAAACAAAAGGAAAGUUAUUGGCAGGAAAAAAACACAUUUGAACAUAACCAGCCAUAAAAUGAUGCAAUUUGUCUCAGCAGGUGUACAUAUAUGGGUCAUGAGUGUUAUGUUAUGUUAUGAAAAGUUAUGUUAGCUGUUACGACAUAUUUUGACAUGGUUUUGACCGUGCCAUAACGUUAUGAUACUGGGUGUCAAGUAAAGUGUUACCCAAAUUUCUUUGGAAAAGCAGACUAUUUUUAAUUUAUGUCAUUAACUGUUUUGUCCCUCCCCUGUAGUCCCAAAUUAAGUCCAUUCAAGUGAUUGAAGACAUCACAAAAAAAUCAUUUUCUCUAGAAUGUGAUGGGUUUCUUCUGACGGCAGUCGAGAGAUAAGCAACUCUCCCAUCCCUAAGCUCACAUACUCUCUUGAGAGCGUUAGGUCUACCCUUAUUUAACCACUGAAUCAUGAUGCUCAGCAGACAUGUCUUUCAGCAGACUAAGAAACAAGCUAUGUUGAAGGCUAAAUGUUGAUCAGAUAAAGUUUAUGAUGGCCAUAACUGAGUCCAGUGCAUUCUUUAACUCACCGCAGAGUUUAGCGCAAAGCACACUCAGGCAGUGUAGUCACAUCUGCGGUGAAAGAGUCCAUACCACCUAUAGGCGGCCAGACAGACCCUGUACCCCUGUUAGCUGCUCUGAUUGGCUGUAACUGGUAUCUUAGUGCUAUUGAUUGACAGCAUUUAAUGGGCAGGACGUUAGGAAAACAGAUUCUCACAUUGGAGAAUGUUGAACUCAUUUUGGCACUAAACAUUGGAUUUCUGCAUGGAUUUUUAGCUGAUGAAAUUGUUUUUUAUGUUUGAGCAAAUGGCCAAUCUAAAUUGGUAAAAGGCCGCAUCUUGCCAACUGGCAGCCAUUUAAAUAGCCCUAACCUAACAUUUCAGCUUGUCUGUGUCACUCUUGCUAGUAAGGCGCUUUGCUUCCUUUUUUAUUUUGGAAGACUGUCAGUUCAACCUCACAUAAGAUGCAAGUCACUGAUAUGAGUGUGGUCAUUUCAUUACCUGAAACGGUUCUUUUUAGAUUUUCUUUUCAGUCAAGCUCAGAAAUGGACAAUACAUCUUCUUCAACCAGAGAAGUGGAGAGUGUAGUUCUCAACAAACACAUGCUUGGAUAUGAUUCUGAAGAUUCAAUCAGCAACAUAGAAAUAAAAGAAUAUGAAUAUGUGCCAGGAACAGAAAGUGACAGUGAGAGCAGCUUAGAGGACUUCACUGCAUUAAAGGACAAAUGCACCACUAAAGCAAGAUCUGCACCUAAAGAUGGCCAACUUGACAAAGACUUGCUUGGUUAUGAUUCUGAAGACUCAAUCAGCAGCAUAGAAAUAACAGAAUAUGAAUAUGUGCCAGAAUAUGAAUAUGUGCCAGGAACAGAAAGUGACAGUGAGAGCAGCUUAGAGGACUUUACUGCAUUGAAGGACAAAUGCCCUACUAAAGCAAGAUUGGAACCUAAAGAUGGCCAACUUGACAAAGACAGGAUUGGAUAUAAUUCCGAAGAUUCAAUCAGCAGCACAGAAAUAACACGAGAUGAAUGUGUGUCAAGAACCGAAAGUGACAGUGAGAGCAGCUUGGAGCACUGCACUGUAUUGAAGAACAAAGGCCCCACCAAAGCAAGAUCUGCUCCUAAAGAUGGUCCAAAAAAGACUUAUAAGAGACAUAGAAAUACAGAAUCUGACACCUCUGUGCAAGAAUCGACAAGUUCACUUGAAGUCAUGCACGUUACAAAGACUAAAGAUGGAUCAAGAAGAUACACCAAAAAACAUUACUGUCUCUUUUGUGAGAAACCACAAUCAAAAAUUGCCCGGCAUCUGGAAAUGAUUCAUAAAAGUGAAGCUGAAGUCGCAAAGGCCCUUUCUUUCCCAAAGAACUCCAAGGACAGAAAGCUCCAACUGACUAUACUGAGGAAACGAGGGGACAGAGCACACAACAUGCAAGUCAUAAGAGAAGGCAAAGGUGUUAUAGUUCCUUGUAAACAAACCAGUUCCCCAAAUGGAAAUCCAAAAGACUUCUUGCACUGUGCAAAUUGCCAAGGACUCUUUAAAAGAAAAUUCCUAUGGAAACACAUGAAACGGUGCCCACUGAGUGGUGUACGGCUGAAACCUGGUAAAACACGAGUGCAGGCUAUUUGUGCCCAUGCACAACCUGUGCCAGAUGGGAUAAGCAAGGGACUGUGGAAACUCGUCAAUGAUAUGACACAAGAUGAGGUGGUAGAUGUCAUAAAGAGAGACAAAUGUAUCAUCCAGUUCGGGGAGCAACAUUACAACAUCAUGGGACACAGACGUGCCAAUCAUGAAUUGAUACGGCAGAAAAUGCGCGAGCUGGGGAGACUGGUUUUGAAAGGGAAGCAUGUAUCACCUCUCACGAGAUUGGAGGAAUACAUUGAUCCAGCCAACUUCCUCCACACAAUCAGUGCAGUGAAAGCUGUUUGUGGCUUUGACAGUGAUAAGAAUACACUAAAGACACCUUCACUAGCCUUAAAACUUGGCCAUAACCUUCAGAAGGUUGCAGACAUAGUUAGUUGUGAGGCUAGGGUCUCCGGUAACAAGAAAAAGGCUCAGAAGGUAGAGGACUUCAAACAUAUCUAUAAGACAUGCUGGAGAGAGUACAUCUCGUGUCAUGCUCACAAAACAUUUGAAGAAAAUAAGUUCAAUGCUCCACUGAUCUUGACAUUUGCUGAAGAUGUCAAGAAACUGCACAUCCACCUUCAAGAAAAACAGAAAACAUGCUACAGCCAACUUUCCAAAGAACCUAACAGGAAGACGUGGGCACAGCUGGCUAAAGUCACUCUGUCACAAAUGACGGUCUUUAACCGAAAAAGACUAGGGAAUGCCUCCCUGAUGACAGUGGCCUCAUUCGUGUCUCGAGACAAAACUGCUUUACAUGACGAUUAUGGGAACUCCCUUUCAGAUGUUGAACGGGCGCUAUGCCAACAUUUUAGUCACAUAGAAAUAUGUGGAAAGCGAUCAAGAAAAGUCGCAGUGCUUCUAUCCCCUACAAUGAUCAAAUCAAUGGAGCUGCUUGCAGAGAAGCGUGAACAUUGCAGCGUUCUGAAGGAGAACAUCUAUAUGUUCGCCAUUCCAGGCUGUCCAACAUCAUUCAGCGGAUCAGACUGCCUGCGUCUCUUUGCCAAGAAGUGUGGGGCUAAAUGUCCAGAAUCCCUCUCGUCCACCAAGUUGCGUAAACACAUCACCAUGAUGUCUACUGUACUCAACUUAAAUGACACUAACAUGGACCUGCUAGCCGAUUUCCUGGGACAUGAUCUACAGAUGGACAAGACAUAUUACAGGUUACCUGAGGGAACACUUCAGCUGGCAAAAAUCACCAAAGUCCUAAUGGCGAUGGAGCAGGGAAGGCUAAACGAAUUCAAGGGGAAAGGUCUUGACCAGAUCCACAUCAGUCCAGUGGAGUGUGUUGAGCUGGAUGAAGAGAGUGAUACAGACUUUACUGAAGAAACUCCUGGAAGGUCAUGUGAGCCACAAGAGAGGACACGGGAGGCCAUGGCAGGAAGAUCAGGUUCUAAGAAGAGGAAGUGGAGUGAGGAGGACAAAGGGACAGUGGAAGAAACAUAUAUUCAAUUUAUGGACUCUGGAGCUACUCCAGGGAAUGCAGACUCUUGCAUGCAUCAAAGCAGUGCCACAAGCCCUCAGAGAGCGGGACUGGCGGGCAGUGAAGUAUUAUGUCAAGAACAGAAUUACAGCACAUGUGAGCAGGAGUACCAAUAAAUGUUGUAGUCUGUCUGGCCCUCUGUCUGCUUGUCUUUCUGCCUCUGUCUGUUCCUCUACCUGCAUAUCUGUCUGCCUGCCUGUCUCUGUCCCUUUGCCUGCUUGUCUGUCCCUCUGCCUGCCUGCCUGCCUGUCUGUCAGUCUGUGCCUCUGCCUGUCUGAAAUGCAGUGCCUCCAGAUUCCCUAGUUGUAAUCAAGACGAUAUUAUGUACAAUGUUUAGUAUUCACACAAUUACCCCAAUGUAAAAGUUCAUUUGCAGUUUAUUUAUCAGAUUUUUGUUGUUUUUUUGAAAGGGUAUUUAGUCCUAGGCAGUGUUGUGAUUAGUUAUAAGAACAUGUAACAAAAGUAAUGUUACAAUAUUACUUUGCAUAGAAAGUAUCGUUAUAUUACUUUGUUACUUUCAUGAACAGUCUCAAAACCUCACUGUUUGACUGUCAGACGGAGUGAGGCAAGCCAUGCGUGCUCUACCAAAGAUACUACUAAUAAUAUCUAAUUCGUUAAAAAAAUCAAACAUCUUGGUCACUACUUUUUCUUCCUAAAUGGUGUAGACUGAUGUAUUUGUCUGAAUUUUGCAGUAAAGAUUAUACAAGAGUAUAGACUACACCCAUAGCCUGGCCCCUCUGCGACAUAAAACAUUUUAUGCACUCGUGAAAUGUUGGCCAAGAACCGUUGUACAAAUAAACAUGAUGGCUUUCUUUUAACCUUA